AUGAUAUUCAUUGAUAUCCCAAGAAAACGCAGAAACGAAGCGAACUCCGUCGUUGUCAAAAAGAAGAAGUUACAUAAGAGAAGGAAAAUUCUCCAGGUGCGCAGAAAACGAUGUGAUUCCUAAUUAGUUGCCUGCUAAUUAUUUUAUGUCUCUUAAUUACUGACCGGUCUUUCGGCAUGUGCCGGCAUGAAAUUAUUAUCCCUGCGACGUCCCCACCAGCUCUUCACGUUAAUCAGCCUCGUCUCGAACGUUGGAGAAAACUAAAUUUAACAUAAAAUGCUCGUAACCGAAUGCUGAAACACCUAAUCGGGUAGCCAACGGUCGAUCAGCCAUCAUAUCACAUACCAGAUGAAGUGUUAGAGGGCAUUUACCCUGAAGAUUAUAAAGACGUUUAUGCUGUUAUAAUUACUGAUUUGUUUGCGUGGACGGGCUUUAUGUACUUCUGCAAGGGAAUUUUACUCACUUAGCAAGAGUUAUUUUGGCUUUCGGCAUUUCCGCCUUCAUAUAAAAAUCGUUAUUUCUGAUCAACAUAUUUAUUGAUACACUCAUUGGACGGAAUGUCGUUUACUAUUGAAUGGGAGUCUUGGCGGAUGCAUUUGAGUCGGUUUCCGAGCGAUGAGCCAUCUUUCGUGAAUUCAAGACAUCGAAUGCAUGGAAACGAAUUGAGUAGGACGAACGACAACUAUUUUCCGCUUUAGACACAUUGCCACUAGGUUUUAAACUCGAAAAGAGGCCGGAAAUGUGCAGCGCUUAGGACCGACUGGAACCUUUUCAGAGAUCCGUGAUUCGUCCGCCGUAGCUGAUGGUUUUUACGUGGCCGAAGGCGCCCAGUGAUCAGACUAGACUGACGGAGAACGUACACAAGAGUGAAUAGGAUUAUGACUACUGUUGGAGUCGCGUUGCAAGCAGAUUUUUACUGGUUUUAGGACUUUCUCUUUAUGAGCCAGCAAAAUGUUUUCACGACUACAGCGAAAGGUGCCACUUGAAGUUACCACCCGUCUUGUAGAUGGUCACUCGCUAUGCUUUUAAUCUGUUCAAACCACUGCGUAAUGUGACCAGAUUGAAGGUUGCAGGGACCGUAAAAAUUUGGAAAACCUACAUAUGACGCAAGCGAACAGUGUCAACCAAACAAUGACCAGCCCGUCAGCAGCAGAAGCAAAUACUGAACUUGAAAGAAAACCAACAAAUGUUGACAGUUUAUAACGAUGAAGAUUUUGUUGCCAUUUUAAUGGAUGAAAUAAGGAUAACACUAUUGGUUAUGACGGAAAACAAAGCGCAAACGUCCAAAAUAUCUCACUGAAAGGCACAAUUGCGUGUCGGUUAUACAUCUCACAGCGGUUCUGGUUUCCACGAUGGUUUUCGAGGCAAAGGGGUUGCCCGCAUCAGCUGCGCUCUUGCAGACAAAGAGAAAAGUACAGUGCGUGUGGCACAAAUCACUCUCGUUUGAAUGCAAACUGAACCAACUGCCACGGAUUUUCAAACAUGUGCCGAAAACCGCUAAACGCUGACUAAAAUCCCAGAUCAUACUUUUAAGUAGAAAGCCUGCUUAAUUAAGGCCACAACAGUGGUAAGAAUGGAAUACACUUUGCACGUGAUAGACUGGUUUCCAAUCGGUUAUUCGACUGGCGAAAAACCAUUACUGAAUACGCAGACAUAAUUUCAACGACUUAUCUAUGAUGCGCUACGUUAAAAUAAGUAAUCCUGAAAGAGUUGUCAGGAGAUUCACCCAUCAGUUCCUUUGGAAGAAGUCACUUCGCAUAGAAAAUCAGCCCUGUGAAGAGGAGAGUACGUCUGUGCUUUAUAUUUUGAGAAGUUUGCUGGAAUAGAUGUGUAUGCAGUCACACAUACUCAGGUUUUCUACGAAUGGCUACAAAGCAUACAAAUUGUUCCCACUAGAGACGAAUAUGCCGAAUAUCAAAGUGUUCCUCAAUAGGAACAUGAACUCCCUACAGAGGUCACUGAUUAAGCCCAGAGGAUGGGCCUUAUAAAUGCUCUCAAUAAACAAAACCUUGCGCUUUCAGUUAGGAUCGGGUUGGGGUUAAUGUCAGCAUUUAGGUUUAGGACCGGGUUAAGAUUUAGGGCCAGAGUUGGGGUUGUGGUUUGGUCUAGGGUUUGGAUUGAGGUUAGGAUUAAGUUUAUGGUUAGGGCUGGGGUUACUUUCCGCAUUUAAGGUUAGGACUAUGUCUAAAGUUAGGGUUGAGCUAAGGGUUAGGUUAGGGGUUUGUUUGAUGUCAGGGUUAGGCCCGGGUUUAGAUUACGGGUCAGGGUUAGGGUUAAGGUCAGUGUCGGGUUUGGGAUUACGGUUGGGGUUAAGGUUAGGAGAAGCGCUAGAACUAGGGUUAGGAUUAAGGUUAGGUUUGGGUUUCGGUUUGCCGUUCCGCUUUUGAUCGAUUUGAGGUUUUCAUGAAGUUUCACGGGUUGGGUUACCCUCUGUCGGUGUUGCAUGCUACGGUUGGAAUGCCCCUCUCGUAUUCCGCUUGCAGCGGCGCGCUCCUGUUCAUUUCGUUCCUACGUCUUCCUCAUCUUCGUUCGCUUGCGUUUACCGCUCCUCGGCCUCUGGUGGUUGGGCUUCCUACAUAAUAUUCGCCUUGCAGUAGACUACAUACGUGAUGUCCUUGCGGUUAUAGCCUGUACUUAAUCGCUAUUUCCUGCUAGAUACGCUUAGUGUUAUUGACGACGCCGUUCAUCAGCCCAUAUAUGUCGAAUCCCUACCUGCGCCGCAUCGUGAUUUAGUCUUCAGUUCGCUUUCCAUUCCUUUUUACAGGUUCAACCUCCCAUCCCAUUUUUCUUUGCUUCUACCAUUGGCUGCAUCACCAUCCACCCAAGGGAUAGUCUGUUCCCCUUACAUUCCCUUUGGUCUUCCCAACUCGGCAUAAUAAAAGAUUGGACAUUAGAGACUUCUUUAUUUGUAGAGUAG